UAAAAUACCCUAACGACCUUUCUCUCUCUUACUUCACUUAAACUCUCAUUCUCACUCUCACUCUACUAAUUAAUUAUCCUUUCUCCCUCUUUACUACCAUCACCAAAUUUCUGGGAUUUCUUUAACUAAUUAUAUAUUCUGAUUUUACUGGGGAACUUCAUUUUAAUUUCUGGGAUUUCUCACUUCAAAAAAAAAAAAAUAAAAAUCCCACAUUUCAAUAUUGCUCCCUCCUGCUCUAAAAUUUCUGGGUUUGCUUCCUUUCUUUUGAUUAAUUAGAAGAUGAUGUGCUGCUGAGCUUUCGUGGACUUAUUGAAAAUGAAGGGUAUUUCAAUUGGGUUUUUGAUAGUAGUGUUGUUUGCCCAUUUGGGUGAUAUAAAGGGGGAGAUCUAUAUAGUUACACUUGAGGAAGAGCCUGUGGUGAGUUACCGGGGAGGUGUUCAUGGGUAUGAAGCAACUGCGUCUGAGUCUGAUGAGAAGAUUGAUGUUGCCAGUGAGACCGUCAUAUCAUAUGCGCGCCACCUAGAAAUGAAACACGAUAUGCUGCUUGGGUUGCUGUUCAAAGGUGGUAGUUACAACAAGUUAUACAGCUAUCGACACCUAAUAAAUGGCUUUGCGAUUCAUACUACUCCCGAGCAGGCAGAAACCCUUAGAAGAGCACCGGGUGUGAAAUCAGUGGAACGAGAUUGGAAAGUGAGGAGACUUACAACACAUACACCAGAGUUUCUGGGGCUCCCAACUGAAGUAUGGCCGACGGGUGGUGGUUUUGACAAGGCGGGAGAGGAUAUAGUAAUCGGGUUUGUGGAUUCAGGAAUAUAUCCCUUGCAUCCAAGCUUUGCAUCUCAUGAAGCAGAGCGAUAUGGACCUGUUCCGAAAUACAGGGGGAAAUGUGAAGUUGAUCCCGAUACAAAAAGGAGUUUCUGUAAUGGCAAGAUUGUUGGUGCUCAGCAUUUCGCAAAAGCUGCGAUAGCAGCUGGAGCAUUCAAUCCUUCUGUAGAUUAUGCUUCUCCUUUAGAUGGUGAUGGACAUGGAAGUCACACAGCGGCAAUUGCUGCGGGCAACAAUGGUAUUCCAGUGAGAUUGCAUAGAUUUGAGUUUGGAAAAGCAAGUGGCAUGGCCCCUCGUGCGAGAAUUGCUGUUUACAAGGCACUUUAUAGACUUUUCGGAGGAUUUGUUUCAGAUGUCAUAGCUGCUAUUGACCAGGCUGUUCACGAUGGUGUUGAUAUCAUUAAUCUUUCAGUUGGGCCUAACAGUCCGCCUGCAGCAACGAAAACAACGUUUCUCAAUCCAUUCGACGCAGCACUUCUAUCAGCAGUAAAAGCGGGCAUUUUCGUGGCACAGGCAGCUGGAAAUGGGGGUCCUUUUCCAAAGACUAUUUUAUCUUACAGUCCAUGGAUAACUUCCGUUGCUGCUGCAAUUGAUGAUCGAAGAUAUAAAAAUCAUUUUUUCUUGGGAAAUGGGAAAGUUCUAUCUGGAAUAGGCCUGUCGCCUUCCACCCAUUUAAACAAAACUUACACCCUUGUUGCGGCAAACGAUGCAUUGCUUGAUACAUCUGUAAUGAGAUUCAGUCCUUCAGAUUGUCAGAGACCUGAAGUAUUGAACCGAAAAUUGGUGGAGGGAAAAAUUCUUCUCUGUGGCUAUUCGUUCAAUUUUGUAGUCGGCUCUGCAUCUAUCAAGAAAGUUUCUGAGACCGCACGGAGCCUUGGUGCUGCUGGAUUUGUCCUUGCCGUGGAAAAUAUUACACCCGGAACAAAAUUUGAUCCAGUCCCGAGCAGUAUUCCUGGCAUUGUUGUGACUGAUGUUGGUAACUCCCUGGAGCUCAUAGACUAUUACAAUGUCUCUACUCCACGAGAUUGGACUGGACGAGUUAAGAGCUUUGAAGCAAAGGGCCGUAUUGGUAAUGGAUUAAGGGCUACUCUUCACAAGUCGGCCCCACAAGUUGCAUUAUUUUCUGCAAGGGGUCCAAACAUAAAAGACUAUAGCUUCCGAGAUGCUGAUCUUUUGAAGCCCGACAUUUUGGCUCCUGGAGCUCUCAUAUGGGCAGCUUGGGCUCCACAUGGUACCGAUGAACCCAACUACGAAGGGGAAUCAUUUGCCAUGAUAUCUGGAACAAGUAUGGCUGCACCACAUAUUGCCGGGAUUGCUGCUCUGAUAAAGCAAAAGCAUCCACGCUGGAGCCCGGCAGCUAUUAAGUCGGCUUUGAUGACUACGACAACAACUAUAAAUAGAGCUGGGAGACCACUACAAGCACAACAAUACACUGGAUCAUCUGAAGAGGUAACCUUGGUUACUGCUACACCAUUUGAUUAUGGGAGCGGGCAUGUUAAUCCUCAAGCAGCUCUAGAUCCCGGACUUGUAUUUGAUGCAGGUUAUUCAGAUUACUUGGGAUUCUUGUGCACGACGCCAGGAAUCCAUCCUCAAGAGAUAAGAAACUAUACAAGACAACCUUGUAAUUUUACCAUGGAUCAUCCGUCGAAUCUCAACACACCAUCAAUAGCAAUCUCUCACCUCGUUGGUACACAAACUGUGACAAGGACUGUUACAAACGUCGCAGAGGAAGAAACAUACACGAUCACAGCAAGAAUGGCACCAUCGAUUGCCAUCGAGGUAAACCCUCCUGCUAUGACUUUACUUCCAGGGGCGUCUCGCAAAUUUUCUGUGUCUUUGACCGUGCGUUCAAUAACCGGAUCAUACACCUUCGGGGAAGUCACAUUAAAAGGAACCCGAGGGCACAAGGUGAAGAUCCCGGUAUUAGCUAUGGGUUACAAGAGAUAGGUUAUAAGGUUAUAGGGAUGUAUGUCGAUAAAGCUCGAGUUUAAAACUUAACGCAUUCUUUGUGACUAGGGAAUAAGAAAAAAAAGUGUGUCGAGGAUGCAUUAUAUGAAAUAUAAGACGGGGUUGCGAAGUCAGAUGUGUAUCGGGAGGAAACUCCCUCGGUUUCCUACCUAGGUGGUAUAUUUUUCUUGUUUUUGGUGGGUAAUUUUUGUUGUAAUAUGCAUUAAUGAUAAUGUAUUAGACUCUAGAUUAAGUAUAUUAUUAUAGAUUUAGCUUAAUCUCUUCCUAUUAUGGUUAUUUCCAUUGUAAAGAAGCAAGUGACCAAACAAGUGUAACAGAUAAAAAAUGAAGGGAAGAGGAAAUUUGUAUUGUAAGUUCUCCUUGAUAAGGAUUCAGGUGUAAUAUUAUAAAUGUUGGAGUACUGAACAUAUUUUUUCAGCUUCUUUUAUGGAGAAAGCUGAAGCAUAUAACUUUUAAGCUGUUUAGUUGAA